CAAACACAAAUCAGCCGGCAUGAUGUCCUCAUAUGUUGGUGCGAGGAUGAACGUUUUUAAUGAAAGUUUUCUAAAUGAAACCGAUCAAGACGCAAAUUCGGUUUUAACGGAGUUGGAUAAAGGUCUACGGUCGACGAAAAUCGGUGAACAAUGCGAAGCGAUUGUUCGUUUCCCAAGAAUGUUUGAGAAGUAUCCAUUCCCAAUAUUGAUUAACUCUUCCUUUUUGAAAUUGGCAGAGUUUUUUCGAAAUGGGUCAAAUUUACUUCGCUUGUGGGUACUCAAAGUUUGUCAACAAAGCGAUAAGCACUUGGACAAGAUACUGAACAUCGACGAGUUUGUGAAGAGAAUAUUUAUGGUAAUCCAUUCAAAUGAUCCUGUUGCAAGAGCCUUGACGUUACGAACUCUUGGAGCAGUGAGUCGAGUAAUUCCUGAGAAGCAACAAGUCCACCAUUCAAUUCGCAGAGCUUUAGACAGCAAUGACACGGUUGAAGUUGAGGCAGCUAUUUAUGCUAGUGUGCAAUUUGCUGCUCAAUCAAAAACUUUUGCCAUCUCUAUGUGUUCAAAAAUUGGUUCUAUGAUCGAGUCAUUGAAAACUCCAAUUAGCAUGAAACUCCAGUUGAUCCCCGUUCUCCGACACAUGUACCACGACGCCAAUACUGCGGCUUUAGUGAAGACGUUGUGCUUGAACCUGCUUCCAAAAUAUCCAGCAGAAAGUUUCGUCAUUGCAAUCUUAGAUUCCCUAACGAAGCUAUCUUGCAAAACAUUGAUUGACAUCCCGGAUCAAGUAAAUUUGCUCCUAACUUACCUACAAGAUCCAAGGAAAAAAGUUCGAUAUCAAGUAUUGCGUUCGUUGAGAAGUUUGGCUCAGGAAGGAGCUCAUCUUUGGCCUAAUGGGGCUUUAAAAACAUUGAUAUCUAAGGCACAAAACUGCAAUGAUGUAGGAAAUGAGCAAAGUUUAGUGUUAACUGUUGUGUUGACUUUAACGGAAUGUCCAGUUACAUGCCACGCAUUACUGAAUGAAGAGCAAAAUUUAAUAUUGGAGUUAUGUUCGUCCUGCUUAGUACUGGAGCAUCACACGGCAGCGAGCCAAGCCGUGGGGAUUCUCACGGGGCUAAUAUCAUAUUGUCAUACUGAGAAUAUACCCCCUCCCACAAUUUUUAUGGAACUAAUAAAUUUGCAUUUGGAAAGUCUUAUAUACUCUUCAAUGGGUAAUGAAAAGAAGCAUAAAGAACUGACGCUGUACAUGAAAUGUGGGGUAAAGCUAUCGGAAAACAAUUUACAGUUUGCACAGGAUUUUGUUCAACUCAUUGAAGGAAUUGUCACGGAUAAUUGCGUUUAUUCGAAGAAAAAUUCGGUUUUAUUAUGCGAAACAUUAGCAGCCCUCUCUUCGCAAUUUCAAGUGAAACGCUUCUCUAUACAUGAUCCCAAACACGAACCAUCAACAUCAAUGGAUGUUGACCCCCAUAGAAUGCUCGGGAAGAAAAUGAAUCCUGUGAGUGAAUGCUUGCCCCAGAUUUUAAAGAAAAUGGAUACAAUCAUCGAUGGCGAAUUGCAACCGCAUUCGGUUCAAAUUGUUGAAAUUUUAUCAGCUGUUGUUUUACAAUCCAUAAUUGGUUCGUUCAUGCCUAAGGGAAUUCUAGAUGUAUUCGAUCGCAUUUCUACCACAAUAAAUUGCUGGUCACAAUAUCGAAUUGCAAGAUCCGCUUCCAGAUACGGACAACACUUCUUGGCAGCCCGAUUUUAUACUAAGCUGGCAACGAAUGUUUCCCUUGAUAAGUUUCAUUUCUUUCUAAUCGCUUUGUCGCAAAUGUCGAAAGCGGAAUGUAUAUUGAACUACGGAGCCGAGUAUGAAGUCAUGCUUCACAAUUAUGUUAUAUGCGACCCGAAAUAUUACAACCCAUCGAUAAAGUUGCUGUCACUAACUGAGCGUCUGGAUAAGGCGAUAGCUUUGUAUGCAAAGGCCUUGGCCAGCAUUAAAGCCAGCUCUUCCCCGUCAAGCUCACUUACAUUUCAAUCAGAAUUCAUUAAACUUCGUUGCCAAUUUCUGCAAGCACUCUACAGUGUUGUAAUAGCGAAAAAUACACAAGCGAUCGUACCACCACCAGCAAUUGCAUUAACUUUAGCCCAAAGUUCCCGCGACGUAUUGCAAAAGUACGGACACAUUACAAAUCAACUAAGGAAGGCGGUCAAAACUAUUAAGGGAUGCGAAGACGCUUAUUCAAAAUUGUAUAAGUCCGCUUUUGAUGCUGACCCAACUACGCUUGAGUUUUUGGAAAUCACACAGCACCAAUGUGCUAUAUUUGGACAUAUUGUAGAGAGCGUUUGCUUUGUCUCUCCUUCAGAACCACCAUGUCUGCCGACAGAAGGAAAUCAUCCUGAGACAAAGUAUCUUGUGAAUACAUGCAAUAAAAUUGAACGGCUGGCAAAAACUUUACCGCAGGAAUCCCCAAAUGACAAGUCCAUAACAAUGAAGCAUACAAAGGUCAUAAUCGAGGAAAUCGAAUUGAUUACAAUGUCCCCAAUGUGUUUCCCUCGCUUCUUCUUCCAAGUGCUACAGAAUACAAUAAUAAAACUGUCAAUAAGUCCACAACCGCGCGUCGCUGGAGAACCCAUCAUUGUGCAGCCUGGCAGCAACUUAGUAGUGAAAGUAGAAGGGGUCAUUCAACACUAUGGAAAGUCGCCAUGUCUAUUUCGGUCUGUCGAAUCGGUUCAAUUGACUUUAACAUCUCAAUUGGUCUCGCAACGGAACCCUAACGAUUUGUUGAAGCAACCAAAUGAUACCAUAACACUAACGCAAACUGUGAAACCACAACGAGAUUUUCUUUCCGGGAACUUCUUGCUAUCGCUAAACAAUGUUCAAACUGGACCGAUGGGUAAUCCAAUAUCCAUGGGAGGUCAGUGGCAAGUUACCCUCGACACAUAUAUUAUUGACGAAAAUGGAACGGUUUGGUGCACAGGAAAUAAGAAUUCUUUAACUGUUCGCGUGCCCGAUGAUCCUUCGAAGCAAGCUGCUGUGGCCGCAACGCAACCUAGACGGUUUUAAAGUUUUAAUCUUAACAUAAGUAAAACUUUUAUUAAUUGCAUGUAAAACUUCAAACUAUUCGUACAUACAGUGAAUGUUUGUGUUGAAACUUUGGAAUAUGAAGCAAAUUUCUCCUUAAAUUUAAUAUAUAUCAAUAAAAACUUGAUAUUUUUGAACCUAUAGAUAAAAAAUAGACUUUACUACCUUCAAACUUC